AUGCCGGUGCCGCCGGCUGCGAAGUCUUCGGGCUUCGUUCUUCAGAAGAGGCCGAGGCACUACGCCGCCGCUGACGCCGGUGGCGAAGAAGAAGAGAGAGCGGCCGCACCCUCAGGAACCCAGCAGCCUGCCACGGCCGCGCCUCCUCUGGCGCGGAAGGGCGGCAACAUCCCUCGCGCCUCUCCGGCCCAGUCGUCCUCGCGAGGCCCGGAGGACCGACCCCAGGAGAAGGCGAUCUCCACAGCCAAGCCGGCUCCGGAGGCGCUCGCCCUCAGCUCGCCAGCCGAGGUUCCACAGGCUCAGGAGCCCCCAACUUCUUCUUCUGCUGCCACCAACUCGCAGAUCUUGGCGACGACGCUGCCUCCUCCUCCUCCCAUCUCGCCGCUGGCUUGUGAUCCUUCUGCUUCACCCAAUGCUCUGGAGGAGGCCCUUUCUGCGCUGACCCAACUCCGGGACGACCUUCAAGGCGCCGACCUUCGCCUGGUGGUGGGGCACUUGGAGCUGAUCUCAGGGUGGUUUCACUUCGACGUGUCUGUCAGGGCAGCACUGGGCCAGGCCGCGGCAGCUUCCGAGGAGGAUAAGCGGGCUGCCGGCCAUGCUUCGGCCGCCCUCGAGGCGGCGUUGAAGGACGCCGCAGCCGCCAAGGAGCGCUCCCGAGUGGCGAAGGUCGAGCUGGAGAAACGCGACCGUCUGGAGAAGCUGGAGAAGAAGGUGGAAGCGGAGAGGGACCAGCUGGAAGCCAAGGCAACGGUUCUGGUUGAGGAUCAUGUGGCCUUUGGAUCUCUUGACGAGAGGUCCCGCGAGGCGCUGCAGGAGCUUUACGAGAAGGGCUUGGAGGAGCCGCUAGUGACUGAUGAUGAGGGCCUUGCCCAGCUACUCCAUCAGCUCGUCGCAGCGCUGGAAGAUGUCAUCAACGGGAUUGGCUCCAUGGUGGACGGGAAGCGCGCGCGCUCUCCUCAUCGGCCUUGA